AUGGCUGAGGGCUCCAAUAGAUGUCCUUCAGAAUUUCGUCAUGCACGUUUAUCUAGAAAUUUUAAUGAAACUGUUGCACAUUCGAUACAUUCAAUGACUGUUCAAGGUCUAAAAAUAUUUAAUGAACAUGCAACUGAACAAAAUCGCGUACCAACUAUACAUGUCAAAAGAGUAAAGCCAUCAGGAGAGUUGUGUAAAUGUUUGUUGGACGUUGAACAUAACGAUGUGUUAGAUGCUGUCAAAUCAUAUCGUUAUGAAAAUGGUAGACAAAUAACUGUGUUACAACGUCAAAUACAAAAAUUUCGAGAUUCAAAAUCAUGGAAACUAUGGAAAAAUGAUUUAUUACAUUAUUACAAAGAGGAAUCAUUACAAGAUGCGGCGAAAUAUUUAUAUUGUGCAGCAAAAGAGUUUUGA